AUGUCCGGGGCUAGAAAUUUCUCAGCUGCCCUUCGGCGGGCUCGCCUGCCAAAACCACGUCUUCUUGGACGGCCUCUGGUCUCUCAGAUCGCUCCGGUGCCCGCUGUUCGCAGCUUUUCUCAAGCUCCUACAUUACGGGCAACAAAAGAAGUCAAGUACACGACUGAUGCUUACCCUACCCUCAAGAGAAACCCCAACUUCGCCGAAAUUACCGCGGAAGAUGUUAAAUACUUCAAGGGGCUCCUUGGCUCCGAAUCAGCGGUGAUCGAUGGCGUAACGGCCGAUGCGACAGACGAUAUUGAGCCCUUCAACGGCGAUUGGAUGCGCAAAUACCGCGGACACACGAAGCUCGUCCUCAAACCGCAGUCAAAGGAGGAUGUUAGCGAGAUCUUGAAAUACUGCAACGGCAAGAAACUAGCUGUUGUCCCGCAGGGUGGAAAUACUGGGCUGGUUGGGGGUUCCGUGCCGGUAUUCGACGAGAUCGUUAUCAAUACCUCGCGGAUGAACACGAUCCGCUCAUUUGACGAGGCUUCUGGUGUUCUAGUUGCAGACGCUGGUGUUAUCCUUGAGGUGGCGGAUCAGUACCUGGCUGAGCGAAACCACCUCUUCCCUCUUGACCUUGGUGCUAAGGGCUCGUGCCAUAUUGGAGGGAACGUCGCUACAAAUGCUGGAGGGCUACGCUUACUCCGCUAUGGCAGCCUUCAUGGAACCGUGCUUGGCAUUGAGGCUGUUUUGCCGGAUGGGACAAUUAUGGACGGCUUGUCGACGCUGCGAAAGAACAACACCGGUUACGAUCUAAAACAAUUAUUUAUCGGCUCUGAGGGUACCAUCGGCAUCAUCACUGGUGUCUCGAUUAUUUGCCCUCCUCGACCAAAGGCCGUCAAUGUCGCCUACUUUGGGAUUGAGAGCUACGAACAAGUUCAGAAAGCGUUUGGCGAGGCCAAGAAGCAGCUAUCUGAGAUUCUCUCCGCGUUUGAACUCAUGGAUGGCCGCACCCAGCAACUCGUCCACUCGAGUACUGGUAACAAGUACCCCCUAGAAGGCGAAUACCCGUUUUACUGUUUGGUGGAGACCAGCGGAUCCAACGCUGAACACGAUAUGGAGAAGCUGGAAACAUUCUUGGAGAGCAUCAUGGGCGAGGGCAUCGUCGCUGACGGUGUUUUGGCUCAGGAUGAGACUCAAUUCCACAGCAUCUGGCGCUGGCGCGAGGGCAUCACAGAGGCUCUGAGCCACCUCGGCGGCACCUACAAGUACGACGUUUCGAUACCUCUACCCGAGCUCUACCAGUUGGUGGAUGACUGCCGGGAACGGCUGACAAAGUUGGGGUUCGUCGGAGAUGAUGACUCUUUCCCCGUCCGCGCGGUCGUCGGUUACGGCCACAUGGGCGACUCCAACCUGCAUCUUAACAUUGCUGUCCGGCAGUACAACAAGGAGGUUGAGAAGGCGAUCGAGCCUUGGGUGUACGAGUGGAUCCAGAAGCGGAAUGGUAGCAUCAGCGCCGAGCACGGUCUGGGCGUUGCGAAGAAAGAAUUCAUCGGUUACAGCCAAAACGACACUAACCUCAAACUCAUGAAGCAGCUGAAGGAUUUGUAUGAUCCGAACGGAAUCCUGAACCCGUACAAGUAUAUUUAA